AUGGAAAAUUCCUACGGUGUGGGGGUAAAUAACAGAUAUGCUCUUUUUUUGGACGAUGAGUCCGAUCCUCUUGAUGCGUUAAAAGCGCGAGAGCAAGCGAAAGAGCUUAAAAAGAAGACCAAAGAGGCUGAGAAAGAAAAUAAGGGUAAGCCAGAGGCCAAACCUAAAAGUGGUGUAAUUACUGCCAGGAAAGGUAUCAAGGAAACCCAAAAUGUGAAAACUCAGGAUAACAAGAGCGGCGAUCAACAAAAGAGCAAGGGCCCUGCUCGAACGAAUGACCGCAAUGCGGAAGCUCCGCCACCGCGCCGCCGUGAAAACAGGCCGCAGAAUGGUGCCGUCGAAAACAAGGACGGAGCACCCCGACCCCCUAGGCGUGAGUUUAGCGACCGCAGGCCUAACUUCGAGCGGCGCAACUUCGCCGACAAUCCGGAGGGAGGUGAACGCCGCGGACCGAGGCCGCGAGACACUCGUGAACGCGACGGACCGCGCGGGACGCGUCCGUACGACAGCCGAGGCAAGCGUGAAUUUGACAGAAGGUCCGGUUCCGACAAGACUGGAGUGAAGCCUGUGGACAAGCGUGAAGGUGGCGGCCCUCACAACUGGGGUACUCUGAAGGACGAUCUCGACGAGCUGAACAAAACUGGGUCGGAGGGUGAAGUGGUGGAGGAGAAGGCGCCCGAACCGGUGGGCGCUGGAGCAGGCGACGGGCAGCAGCCGGAGGCCGAGAAGACCGCGCCCGCCGAGGAGGAGCCGCGCGAGCUCACGCUGGACGAGUACAAGGCGCUGCGGAACGCUCAGCGCACCGCGCCGCAGUACAACUUGCGUAAGGCUGGUGAAGGUGAGGACCUGAGUCAGUGGAAGAACUUGGUAAUGUUGGAGAAGAAAAAAGAGGGUGGUGAGGAUGACGACUCUGAUGAAGAAUAUGAUAUCGCUGACUAUCCUCAGCGCGUCGGACGCCAGAAGCGCGUGCUGGGCAUCGAGUUCACGUUCAACGAUACGACCAGGCGCGGCGGCACGGGCGGGCGAGGCCGCGGGCGCGGGCGCGGUCGGGGCCGGGGCCCACCACGUGAGGAGGCACCGCCGGAGGAGCGCCCCGUGUCUCGCCCGCAGGUGGCUCCGCCGAAGGUGGACGACAGCAAGGAUUUCCCCUCCCUCGGCUAA